CAACAGGCAUUGCUCCUCCUUGGCCACGAAGGUUCCCAUCUUCCUUUCUGCGGUCAUCUUCCCGCCGGCCUCGCUCUAAUCGUUUCCUUGAUUCCGUUAAUAUUUCGAGAUAGCUUGAAGUAAGCAUCGAUCUUUGUUGAUUUAUUCAAUUGCCUUGAAAUUUAAGGCGAUGAGUGAAGUAUUCGAAGGAUACGAGCGCCAGUAUUGUGAAAUCUCCGCUUCUCUAUCGCGGAAAUGUACAGGUGCGGCCGCCCUUGAUGGAGAACUAAAAAAGCAGAAGUUGGCUGAGAUUAGGUCUGGCGUGGAGGAUGCUGAAAACUUGAUUCGUAAAAUGGAUCUUGAAGCUAGAAGUUUGCAGCCAAGUGUAAAGGCCGCCUUGCUUGCCAAGUUGCGUGAAUACAAAUCGGAUCUCAAUAACCUGAAGAGUGAAGUUAAAAGAAUCACCUCACCUAAUGCAAAUAAUGCCUCAAGGGAGGAAUUGUUGGAAUCUGGGAUGGCAGAUACGUUAUCUGUGUCUGCUGAUCAAAGGGGAAGGCUUUUAAUGUCAACUGAAAGGUUGAAUCAUUCCAGUGAAAGGAUUAAGGAGAGUCGACGAACCAUGUUAGAGACAGAAGAACUUGGGGUUUCAAUCCUGCAAGACUUGCAUCAGCAACGGCAAUCUCUUCUACAUGCUCAUAAUGCACUGCAUGGCGUGGAUGAUAAUAUAGGCAAGAGCAAGAAAGUUCUUACUGCCAUGUCUAGAAGGAUGGACAAGAACAAGUGGAUCAUAGGGGCAAUAAUUUUCUCAUUGGUGCUGGCUAUUCUCCUCAUUCUAUAUUUCAAGCUCGCCUAUUGAUGGAUCCUGCUUAAUUGUGCUCAAUUUUUAUUGUAAGUGUGCUUAACUUGUUGUGUGCAAGUUGACUGAAAUUAUACAUGUGUGCUCCUUAAGCUAUUUAAACUAGCAGUUCUUGUAUUGCUUCAAUGUGCAUUUCUUGGUACAAGAUUUCCAA